CAAAGAAUUGCAGUAUUUAAUCGUGAAUCUGUUAACAGCAGCUAGAAUUGUAUUUGCAAAACAUUGGAAAGAAGAAACGAUACCUAAAGAUGAAGAAAUUAUUAGGAAAAUGUUAGUCUGUGCCGAAAUGAGUAAAUUGACAUUUGAAAUAAGAGAACAGGAGGAAAAACAAUAUUAUUUGAUAUGGGAUUUAUUUUACCAAUGGGUAGAUAAUAAAAAAUGGUGAUAAGCUAGCAAAUGUUGUAUUUUUUAAGUGAUAAAUGUAAGUGGAUUAUUUCUUAUAAGAAUACAUUUUGAAUAGCUAGGGAUACUUAGAAGAGUGGCUAGGGCACAAAGGAUAUUAACCGACUGAUGUACUGUCUGUAUUUGUUUGAAAGAAUGAUGCUUGAAUGUUUUAUUUUUGUUUUUGUUUUUUUUUUGUUCUAAAAUAAAAAUCAUUUGGAAAAAAAAAAUUCCUCCAAAAAGAAUCUGGGAUAUAGAAGCAAAAAAAGAUGCAGCAAUCCUCAAAAAUUAUAAUAGGCCCUUUAUUGGAAUAGAAUACUCCAGUUGGCAUUUGCACGUGUUAAUCUAAUUGUGAUCAAUUGUAGGGGUGAUGCAGUAAUAUGAUUUACAUUUUUAUUGUUUUUUAAUUUGAUUAUUAUUUUCCAUUAUUAUGAUACAAUCUUGCUAAUAUUCUGUCUUUAAUAUUUUAAAAAAUGUCUGAUUAACGAACUAUUCUAAUACAUUCAGGAGAACCAGGUUGGAUUUAUUAAAAUCUAAUAUUUUGGACUUGAUCGGACCCCAAAUAUCACAGAAUUCUUCAUUGCUUUUUCAGAUCAGUCUUAAAACUGCUUCAGAGGCUAUGAGUAAUAAAAGGAAAUUCCCCUUUUUCCACCGGAUGAAUCCCAAAGAAGGGAUCCAGUACCCAGCAAUUGUCCACCUGCUCCUCCAUUUCAGAUGGACCCUGAUUGGCCUCUUUGCUUCAGACACAGAGAAUGGAGAGAAUUUCAUGAAGAUUUUUCUUCCUAUGCUUGUCAGGAGUGGAAUUUGUGUGGUUAUAUCACAACUGUUCUCAACAACUGGAUACACAACAGCCCUCAGGGAUUCCCUCUCUAAGUGGAGACAAGUCAACGUCUUUGUUCACUUCAUGGAAUAUGUUUUCUUUUGGAGCAGAAUCCUUCCUUUCCAUUUAACAUUUAUGUGUCUGCCAGGACCCAUUGAAGGGAAAGUCUGGAUCCUCACAAAUUUUCUAUAUUUUCCAAAGAACAAGCACAGACUUCUCAAAUACAUCCAUAGUAUUUCGAACUUUGGUUAUCCGUUAAAAGAAAGGCCAACGGAUGAUGCCUUUGAACCCAAUUUCUUUGUGGAAGAAAAGUUUCAAAAUUAUUAUUUUUUCUGUUCUCUUUCAAAGAAUGUCUUUUCUGUCAAAGGCCGCAGAAGAUGCACCCAGAAAGCCCCACUGGAAACCCAGGAGAAAAGGAACAGAAGAUGGAUCCCAAAUAACGACAAUAAUUACAGUGUGAUGAAGACUCUGGCCCAAGCCUUGAAUGCCGCUUAUUCCUCUAGAUCGAGGAGGAGGAGAAGGAAGGAGGGAGAAAAGAGGUUGGGGUCUCCAAGUCUGCAGCCGUGGCAGUUUCAUCCCUUUCUGGAGAAGAACGAGUUUUUCAAUAUUUCUCAAAGAAAACUGUACUUGGACCAAAAUGGAGAGAUAACAGCAGAUCUGGGCAUCAAAACCUUCUUUGUUCUCCCCAAGGAGGAUGUCAGGAUAGAGAUUCUGGCAUAUUUUGAAAGACAGAGACUUUCUAUCAUCCAAGAUGUUCUUUCACGGCUAAAGUUGCUCAAUAAGUCUCUGCCUCAGUCCAAAUGUGUGGAAAGUUGUCAUCCUGGAUUUGUCAAGAGGGCUCGAGAAGGAGAGCCAGUUUGCUGCUAUGACUGCGUUCCUUGUCCGGAGGGGACCUUCUCCACUCAGGAAGAUACACAAAAAUGCACCAAGUGUCCAGUUGAUAAAUAUCCAAAUGUGGACAGAGUCCAAUGUAUCCCCAAAGUCAUAACCUUCCUGUCUUAUGAAGAACAUCUGGGCAUCAUCCUGGUCUGUUUUGCUCUACUCUUCUUCCUAACUACAGAUCUUGUUUUAAUCAUCUUCAUUAAAUACCGAGAAACUCCCCUUGUCAAAGCCAACAACCGGGACCUCUCCUACAUCCUCCUGGUCUCCCUCCUGUUUUGCUUCUUGUCUCCUCUUCUCUUCAUUGAUCAACCAAGGAAAGCCACCUGCCUUCUCCGACAAGCGGGAGGCCCCCAGCCCCCAGGAGCAAGAGGGGCGCCCGCGGCAGCCCCCUCGCCCUCCAGCCCCCUGGGCUUCCCCACCCGCAACCGAAACCCCCCGAGGAAGCCUCCGGAUCCGCCCAGCAACCGUCGGUCUCCACUGCAGAGACUGGCGUUGAGCUGCAGCGUGGAAGAAGAAGAGCCGGAGGGGCUGAUGGGCUCUGGAGUCUCUCCAGCAAUGGGGUCACUCAGUGUCCGCAGCAUAUUUGUGACCUUCCCUUACGCAGCUCUUACGCAGCAGAGCAAACCCCACCCAGCCAGGCUACCUCAACAACCAACCCAAAAUACCCAGGAGCUGCCAAUCAUCCCCGGCCAGAUCGAGGUCCCUGCCAGAGUUGAAGAGGAAGGGAUCCAGCAGGACGGCCAGUCUGAGCCAUUUGACCGAGGAAGGGAGGGUCUCCUGGGACUCAAUUGA